AUGUUCAGUAAAUUUAAGAAGGAAUCCUCCAAGGGUAUCACGCCAACUUCUACCAAGGAGAUCGAGAAGACUUACGUACCAUUCUCGUCUCUCCCUGUAGAAGCAAAGAUUCCAGAGGAACAACCACUUGAAAAGGCACAGGUAGAAAAAUAUGAAGCUGUUUUCGAACACUUCUCCACGCCAGGCUUGAAAAUUGCAGUCAGUGAAGAAAACCAUAAGAAUAAGGAUACCAGCAAAUUCCUUGAAAUAAGCGAGUCUGAGAAGUCCUGGCUCACCAGAGAAUGUUUCUUGAGAUACUUACGCGCAACCAAAUGGGAUACCAAAGAAGCCAUUAAUAGAAUAGAGUUAACUAUAGCUUGGAGACGAGAAUUUGGUAUUGCUGGAAAUUAUGAUUCUGAUAACGUUGUAAAUCACGAACUCUGCUCUGAGGAGAAUGAAACUGGUAAAGAGGUUAUAUUGGGUUACGAUAAUGACGCUAGACCUUGUCUUUACCUCAAGCCAGGACGUCAAAACACUAAAACCUCCCUCAGACAGGUCCAGCAUCUAGUAUACAUGCUUGAAAAGGUGAUCGACUACAUGCCACUGGGACAAGAUCUGUUGGCUCUUUUGAUUGAUUUCAAGGCCAGUCCGGUCGGAACUCAAGGAGGUAAGAUCCCUCCAGUGGGAACCGGAAGACAAGUAUUGCAUAUCUUACAAACACAUUAUCCAGAAAGAUUAGGUAAGGCGCUCCUUACAAAUAUUCCGUGGUUAGGAUGGACAUUUUUGAAGAUAAUCCACCCAUUCAUUGACCCAUUGACUAGAGAAAAGUUGGUUUUCGACCAGCCGUUUGUCAACUACGUCCCAGUAGAACAAUUGGACCAGGACUUUGGGGGAAACGUCAACUUUGAUUACGAUCAUGCCAAAUACUGGCCAGCAAUGGUGAAAAUUGCCGAAGCCAAGAAGCAACACUACUUGGAUAGAUUUGAAAAGUUCGGAUCACUUAUCGGUCUCUCCGAGGUCGACUUGAGGGGUGACUGGGAAGAAUUGAAGUUCCCAGUGAAGAAACAACCUCAAGGUGAAGAAGAAGCCAAAUAA